AGAAUACCGUAAACAAAAGCAGUAAAAAGUCCCCUUAUCACCUGACUGUCUUUGCUGUUUACUGGUUGCUCCCUACCUGAGCGCGUGCGUUACCUGUGCAGGCGCGUCAUGGCAUUGGAUGUUUAGCUCCAAGGGGCUGGAAUAACAGGAAAUAUGUCCUUACUUGGCUACGGAGUUUCACUACAACAACCUGUCCGUCGCUGACAGAGUUCAUAUUAUGAACUUUGGUGCUAAUAACUGCAAGCGAAGACAGAGACAUUAGUGAAAAGCUAAAAUCACAUAUCCAUGGUAUCUCAAGGGGAACAGAAUGCACUACCCAAGCCCCCAUUGCUGUUUGUGGGAGCCAAGGACAGCAAACGGCUGCUGGAAGUGUACGUAAAGAGAAGCCUGAGCCUUAACGAUGGGACACAGUGUCCACCUCGAAGAGAACGAAGAACACACAAAUGGGUCACCGCUGCAGAGCGAGAUAAAAGAGAUCGUAAACAUUCCAGUGAUACCUCCCUUCACCUUAAACCCUCCGGCUCAGAGGAAGACUUUGGUGAAGACGAGGCAUUCUCAGAACCAGAACCAGACAGAAAGGACCAGGAAGAAUGUGAAACCACUGACAACAGAUCAAAACUAUUGAAAAACAAAAACACUCACAGCAGAAACAAUGGAUCCUCAGCAUCUCAUACAUCCGACGGGAAGCCCCAGAAAUGGUCAGUACAUUUUGAUAAAGAAAAGCCUGAUGUUAGGCAGACAAAUAUAGCAUCUAUUCACCCUAAACCUUCAGCCACAGAGGAGGAACUUAGUAAAGUUAAAGUAUUUGAACCAGUAACCGAAAGUGAAACAUCUGAUAAACAUAAACGAUGGAGGAAAAGCUCUCUUACCCGAAAGGAUGGCUCCUCUGUAUCUCAGGGUUCUGAUGGGAAACCCCGGAAAUGGUUUUCACAUUUUGAUAAAGACAAGCGGAAUAGUGGACUACCUCAAGAUUCCUCUAAAGCAGAUUUAGAAGACCUCAAAAUUGUUUCAUCUCUUUUGCCUGCUCAACCACAGGCAGAGAGUGUAACAGAGGUAAAAAAGAGCAAAGAGGGAAAGAAGAUUAAGAGGCCUUCAAUACUGAAGAGUUUUCUGGGAUGGUUCACCAGAGGGAACACUGAAAAGCAGGAUGAACAAGAUGAUGAUGGGAAAACUGAAGAAACAGUUCCUACUCCUGAACCUGCAACUCCUCCACUCUCCUGCCUGCCCAUCUCUACUGGUGAUGGCAUUAUCCUGCGCCACACCAAGUCCACUAGGAGAAGGCGAUCUCAGAGGAGGCUCUCAUUAAAGAGACGCAGCGGGGACAUGGGCUUAGAUAAGACGACUAUGCGGCCACUUACUUUAGACCUCUCUACUGAAGCCCACAAUUCCCAGGUCCAAUCAAUUGAAGAGGUAGAAGCCACUAGUUCCUAUUAUGAAAAAAUGUCAGAAGAGCUAGAGAAGAUUGUGAAUGAGGUAAAAAACAGUCCCACAGAAGAAAACAAAACUUUCGCCGCUUCAAUUCAGCCUACAGACGCAGUGGCCUCAUCCAGGUCUCAAGAGGAAAUUAUUAAAAGAAUCAUUGAUUUGAUAAAACAGGAAGGUGAUGUUAUAAAUGAUAAGCUAAAGGAAAAUACUAUCAUUAGCUCCUACUUCAACACAAUCACCUAUGGGUCCUUCCAGCAAUUAGCAGACCAGUAUGUAAAUUCUGAAGCCCACCAACAGACAACACAGCAACCCGUGGUAGCUACAGAGCUAGUGAAGUUUGCUUUCACACUUGACUUCACAGCAAGAGUAGCAGGUCUCUCUCGCCAUGCUCCUGGACAUAUCCUCGGCUUUGGGAACCAGUACCUCAAGGAACGUUUUAUUUACACGUGUGAGAGUCACCCUCACUUCACGGAUACAAGCACAGAUAUGAAUUCAGACAGGGAUGAGAGGCUUGGAGACCAUGCAGCUUCUGAAACUGAUGGACCAAAACAUUAGGUUAAAGCUGUAAAGUCUAGAACCAGACUAUAUGUAUUAUUAGAGUUUUUUUUGUUGCUAGAAUCGGUGGAUUGUCACACUACACAGUGUCUAUCAAGUUCAGUGUCCAGUAGAAUUCAGCAUGUGUAAGAGACCUUUAACACAUGCUUCUGCUCAAGCUACUCAGACGAGAAAAUGCACUGACUCGUAUACAGUAAAAGCUCUCAACGGUAGCAAAGAAAUUUCACCUUUAAACAAUACUGUGACAUAGAUUAUUAUAUAUCAUUAGAAAUUAAGUUUAUGAAGUGUUUCCUUUUACUUCUGUUAGUAGUAGCACAUGUUUUGUAGUAAUCAGGUUUAAUAGUACUUAAGCAGAUUUCCAAUAUGCUGGAAAUGUGUAUGCAGGCAUACACAAUUAAAUUAAAUGAAUAUAAAUAAAACAUUUUUUAUUUACUACAUUUUUUAGUUACUACAAUCAUUUCCUAUUGAUUGAUUCUCUGGAUUUGGUUUGUGAUAUAGGUGGUGAUAUUUGGUUUGUGAACCAAAGAUCAUAAUUGAGGAAGCUUUCUGUUGCAGAAUGUCUAAAAACAGUGAGUCUAGAGCAGAUACAGGUCGAGAGUACACGCAUACAGGACUUACCUAUAACAAGACUUUUAAUCUGGGUCAGAAAGAAGUUUAACAACCACAUUAAGGCAAAAUAUUCCUGUUGUACUGUAAUAAAUCAGACAAAAAAGCUUCAACCCUAAAACACUGAACACACUUAUCACUCCAAUUUAUUAUGUGAAUAAAAGGUUUGGCCUCCACACAGUGUGUUAUCUACGUGGUUUUAGCCACAGAGUUCAAGGUCUACUACAGGUCUGGAGGCCAGUUUCUGAUAGGUCAGGAGAUGUUAAUUAAUUUUAUUAUAACAGCAGCUCUGACAGCAGUGCUGGAUUUAAAUGUGAAUCAUUUGCUUACUUCAACACACUUGUUCUAAUGCAUUAUCUAAAAAAAAGAAAGCCAGGAGGUUAUUUACUUAUCUUGACUUCACAAAAAGUAGUAUUAUCUCAAUCAUAGCUUAUGGUUCUUAUGAUAAAAAUGAUUUCCUGAGAUCGCAUAUCAGUAGCAUACAAGCCUUACAUUGUUGUGCCGAGUGGUAUA